AUGGGAAGCAUCUUUGAAAGAAACGGGACAGAAACAUGGGGUACGGGGACAACAAUAUGUAUGUUUGCUGGUGGGACUGAUCCAGUGAAGAGUGCGAGCAGUAGAGAGAGGGGAGAGUCAGCGGGGCCACGACCUCGGCCAAAGCACAGGUGUGAGGCGUUAGCUGGGAGUGCUGUGAAGGCAGGAGUGGCCGCAGUUGCAGGUCGGUUAACAGGAAGAGCAGUGGGAGCGUAUCACUCUUCUCUUCUGCUUGCUUCUAUUUUCUCAGGUGGUGGUGAUUGUCCAGAAAUGAGCAUCGGAGCGAUAAAAAUUGCCUUGGAAAUUUCUCUUCCUGGUUCUUUUAUCUACGUUUUCACCGAUGCACGAUCCAAAGAUUACCGGCUCACCCACGAGGUGCUGCAGCUUAUUCAACAGAAGCAGUCACAAGUGGUAUUUGUGCUCACUGGAGAUUGUGAUGACAGGAGCCAUAUUGGAUAUAAAGUCUAUGAAGAAAUUGCCUCUACAAGUUCUGGUCAAGUGUUCCACCUGGACAAGAAACAAGUUAAUGAGGUGUUAAAAUGGGUAGAAGAAGCAGUGCAGGCCUCUAAAGUGCACCUCCUAUCCACAGAUCACUUGGAACAGGCUGUAAAUACUUGGAGAAUUCCUUUUGAUCCCAGCUUGAAAGAAGUCACUGUGUCUCUGAGUGGCCCUUCUCCAGUGAUUGAAAUUCGUGAUCCUUUGGGGAAGCUGAUAAAAAAGGGAUUUGGCCUGAAUGAGCUAUUAAAUAUCCAUAACUCUGCCAAAGUGGUGAAUGUGAAAGAGCCAGAGGCUGGAAUGUGGACGGUGAAGACCUCCAGCAGUGGAAGGCACUCCGUUCGCAUCACCGGCCUCAGCACCAUUGAUUUCCGAGCUGGCUUUUCCCGAAAGCCCACCCUGGACUUCAGAAAAACAAUCAGCAGACCAGUGCAAGGAAUUCCUACCUAUGUGCUGCUGAAUACUUCUGGAAUUUCCAUUCCAGCGAGAGUGGAUCGUCUUGAACUUCUAAGUAUCUCGGGCAGUUCACUAAAGACUAUUCCUGUGAAAUAUCACCCAGAUCGAAAACCUUAUGGCAUAUGGAAUAUUUCUGACUUUAUACCACCAAGUGAAGCUUUCUUUUUGAAAGUAACAGGUUAUGAUAAGGAUGAUUAUCUCUUCCAGAGAGUAUCAAGUGUUUCCUUUUCUAGUAUUGUCCCAGAUGCUCCCAAAGUUACAAUGCCUAGGAAAAUCCCAGGAUACUACCUGCAGCCUGGCCAAAUUUCCUGCUCUGUUGAAAGUCUUUUGCCCUAUACCUUGAGCUUUGUCAGAAACGGAGUUACCCUUGGAGUAGACCAGUACUUAAAAGAGUCUGCCAGUGUGAACUGGGAUAUUGAGAAGGUCACUUUGUCGGACGAAGGUUCCUACGAGUGCAUCGCCAUCAGCAGCGCGGGGACUGGACGGGCACAGACAUUUUUUGAUGUAUCAGAGCCCCCUCCAGUCAUCCGGGUGCCUAAUAAUGUCACCGUCAAUGGAAAAAAGGCGGUUCUAACGUGUCUCGUCACCAGUGCAGUGGAUUACAACGUAACCUGGCAGAGGAAUGACAGAGAUGUCAGACUGGCAGAGCCAGCAAGAGUCAGGGCCUUGGCUAACCUCUCCUUGGAGCUGAGGAAUGUGAAGUUCAGCGAUGCUGGCGAGUAUCAGUGCACGGUUUCCAGUGAAGGCGGGUCAUCUGCUGCUUCGGUUUUCCUCACAGUGCAAGAUCCACCCAAAGUCACUGUGAUGCCCAAGAAUCAGUCUUUCACGGCAGGGUCUGAAGUCUCCAUCAUGUGUUCUGCAACAGGUUAUCCCAAGCCAAAGAUGGCCUGGACCGUGAACGAUGUGUUUAUUGUGGGUUCACACAGGUAUAGAAUGACCUCAGAAGGGACCUUACUUAUAAAAAAUGCAGUUCCUAAAGAUGCAGGGAUCUAUGGUUGUCUGGCAAGUAAUUCAGCUGGAACAGAUAAACAGACUUCUACCCUCAGAUUCAUUGAAGCCCCAAAGAUGGUUGUAGUUCAGAGUGAACUCUUGGUUGCCCUUGGGGAUACCACAGUUAUGGAAUGCAAAACUUCUGGUGUUCCUCCACCUCAAGUUAAAUGGUUCAAAGGAGAUCUGGAGUUGAGGCCCUCGACGUUCCUCUUGAUUGACCCUCUCUUAGGACUUCUGAAGAUUCAAGAAACGCAAGACCUGGAUGCUGGCGAUUACACAUGUGUUGCCUUCAAUGAUGCUGGCAGAGCAACUGGCAAGAUAACUCUGGAUGUUGGCUCGCCUCCGGUCUUCAUACAGGAGCCCACCGAUGUGUCCAUGGAAAUCGGCUCCAACGUGACAUUACCUUGUUAUGUGCAGGGCUAUCCAGAGCCAAAGAUCAAAUGGCGGAGAUUAGACAGCAUGCCGAUCUUCUCAAGGCCCUUUUCUGUUAGUUCCAUCAGUCAACUAAGAACGGGAGCUCUCUUUAUUUUAAACUUAUGGGCAAGUGACAAAGGAACCUAUAUUUGUGAAGCUGAAAACCAGUUUGGAAAGAUCCAGUCACAGGCCACAAUAACAGUGACAGGACUUGCCGCUCCACUGAUUGGAAUCAGCCCCUCAGUGGCCAACGUUGUCGAAGGGCAGCAGCUUACUUUGCCUUGCACGCUGUUGGCUGGAAACCCCAUCCCAGAGCGUCGGUGGAUUAAGAAUGCAGCCAUGUUGGUUCAAAAUCCUUACCUCACUGUGCGCAGUGACGGGAGCCUCCAUAUUGAGCGAGUUCGGCUGCAAGACGGAGGCCAGUACACUUGUGUGGCCAGCAAUGUUGCUGGGACCAGUAACAAAACCACCUCUGUGGUCGUGCACGUUCUGCCAACCAUUCAGCACGGGCAGCAGAUACUCAGCACAAUCGAAGGCAUCCCGGUAACCUUGCCAUGCAAAGCAAGUGGAAUUCCCAAACCCUCUAUCGUCUGGUCCAAGAAAGGAGAGCUGAUUUCAACCAGCAGUGCGAAGUUUUCAGCAGGGGCCGAUGGAAGCCUGUACGUGGUGUCACCGGGAGGGGAGGAGAGCGGCGAGUACAUCUGCACGGCCAGCAAUGCAGCCGGCUAUGCCAAGAGGAAAGUGCAGCUGACCGUCUACGUAAGGCCUAGAGUGUUUGGAGAUCAACGAGGACUGUCCCAGGAGAAGCCUGUUGAGGUGUCCGUCCUUGCAGGAGAGGAGGCGACACUUCCGUGUGAAGUGAAGAGCUUACCCCCACCCGUAAUUACCUGGGCCAAGGAAACCCAGCUCAUCUCACCAUUCUCUCCAAGACACAUGUUCCUCCCUUCUGGUUCAAUGAAGAUCACUGAGACCCGAAUUUCAGAUAGUGGGAUGUAUCUUUGUGUUGCCACAAAUAUUGCUGGGAAUGUGACUCAGUUGGUUAAAUUAAGUGUCCAUGUUCCUCCAAAGAUACAGCAUGGUCCUAAACAUUUAAAAGUCCAAGUUGGUCAAAGAGUGGAUAUUCCAUGUAAUGCCCCGGGGACACCGCUUCCUGUGAUCACCUGGUAUAAAGAUGGCAGCCCUGUGCUAACUGAUGGAGUCCAGCAUCUUAGUGAUCCAGAUGGAACUUUAAGCAUCAACCAAGCCAUGCUCUCAGAUGCUGGCACAUAUACAUGUGUCGCUACCAACAUAGCAGGCCGUGAUGAAACAGAGAUAACACUACAUGUCCAAGAACCACCUACACUGGAAGAUCCAGAACCUCCAUAUAACACUCCAUUCCAAGAAAGAGUGGCCAAUCAACGCAUUGCAUUUCCAUGUCCUGUAAAAGGUACCCCAAUACCCACAAUCAAAUGGUUACACAAUGGUAGAGAGUUGACAGGCAAAGAGCCUGGUGUUUCUAUCCUGGAGGAUGGCUCCUUGUUGGUCAUUGCUUCUGUUACACCGUAUGACAAUGGGGAGUACAUCUGUGUGGCCAUCAAUGAAGCUGGAACCACCGAAAGAAAAUACAACCUCAAAGUCCAUGUUCCUCCAGUAAUUAAAGAUAAAGAACAAGUAGCAAAUGUGUCAGUGUUGGUCAAUCAGCUGACCAGUUUGGUUUGCGACGUGGAAGGUACUCCAUCUCCCAUCAUUACGUGGUAUAAAGAUGAUGUCCAGGUGACUGAAAGUAGCACUCUUCAGAUCGUGAACAGCGGGAAAAUACUGAAGCUCUUCAAAGUCACCCCGGAGGAUGCAGGAAAAUAUUCCUGCAAAGCGAUUAAUAUUGCAGGCAUUUCUCAGAAGUACUUUAUUAUUGAUGUGCAAGUUCCACCCACCAUCAUAGGUGCCAGCUCCCCAUCUGACGUCUCAGUUGUCCUCGGCCAUGACAUCAGCCUUGAGUGCCAAGCCAGAGGCGCCCCCUUUCCCAUUAUUAACUGGUUCAAAGAUGGCAAGCCUUUAUUUUUGGGAGACCCUAAUAUUGAGCUGCUAGAUAGAGGACAAAUUUUACAUCUAAAGAAUGCACGAAGAAGUGACAAGGGACGCUACCAGUGUGUUGUGUCUAAUGCCGCUGGCAAACAAGCCAAGGACAUAAAACUGACUAUCUAUGUUCCACCCAGCAUUAAAGGAGGAAAUGUCACCACAGAGAUUUCAGCGUUGAUCAACGGCAUAGUCAAACUGGAAUGUGAAACACGGGGACUGCCAGUGCCUGUUAUUACUUGGUAUAAAGACGGCCAGCCAGUCAUUUCCAGCUCGCAAGCCCUUUAUAUUGACAAAGGGCAAUUUCUCCACAUUCCUCGUGCGCAAGUCUCUGACUCCGCAUCAUAUACAUGCCAUGUAACCAAUGUUGCUGGAACUGCUGAAAAAUCAUUCCUCGUGGACGUGUAUGUUCCUCCAGUGAUUGAAGGUGACUUGGCCACACCUUCAAAUAAGCAAGUAGUAGUGGCUCAUUCAUUGACACUGGAGUGUAAAGCUGCCGGCAACCCCCCUCCGGUUCUCACCUGGUUAAAGGACGGGGUUCCUGUGAAAGCCAAUGGCAACAUCCGAAUAGAAGCUGGUGGGAAGAAACUGGAGAUCAUGAGUGCCCAAGAAGUCGAUCGGGGACAGUAUGCAUGUGUGGCUACCAGUGUGGCAGGAGAAAAGGAGAUCAGAUAUGAAGUUGACGUCUUAGUGCCACCAGCUGUAGAAGGAGGAGACGAAACAUCUUACUUCAUUGUGAUGGUCAAUAACUUACUGGAGCUGGAUUGUCAAGUGACAGGGUCCCCCACACCCACUAUCAUGUGGAUGAAGGAUGGCCAGCUGAUUGAUGAAAAGGAUGGAUUUAAGAUUUUGCUAAAUGGGCGCAAACUGGUUAUUGCUCAGGCUCAAGUGUCAGACACAGGCCUUUAUCGGUGCGUGGCAACAAACACUGCUGGUGACGACAAGAAGGAAUUUGAAGUGACUGUCCAUGUUCCUCCCACAAUCAAAUCCUCAGGCCUUUCUGAGAGAGCUGUGGUGAAGUACAAGCCUAUUACCUUGCAGUGUAUAGCCAAUGGCAUUCCAAAUCCAUCCAUUACAUGGUUAAAAGAUGACCAACCUGUGAACACUGCCCAAGGAAACCUCAAAAUACAGUCUUCUGGUCGAGUUCUACAAAUUGCCAAAGCCCUGUUGGAAGAUGCUGGCAGAUACACGUGUGUGGCUACCAAUGCGGCUGGAGAAGCACAACAGCACAUUCAACUGCAUGUGCAUGAACCACCCAGUCUGGAAGAUGCUGGCAAGAUGCUGAAUGAGACAGUGGUGCUGAGCAACCCCGUGCAGCUGGAGUGCAAGGCAGCUGGAAAUCCUCCACCUGUUAUCACAUGGUAUAAAGAUAAUCGUCCACUCUCUGGUUCCACCAGCAUGACUUUCUUGAACAGAGGACAGAUCAUUGAUAUCGAGAGUGCCCAAAUCUCAGAUGCCGGUAUAUAUAAAUGUGUAGCCAUCAACUCAGCAGGAGCUACAGAGCUGUUUUACAGUCUGCAAGUUCAUGUGCCCCCAUCAAUUUCUGGCAGCAAUAAUAUGGUGGCAGUGGUGGUUAAUAAUCUGGUCCGGUUAGAAUGUGAAGCCAGAGGUAUUCCUGCCCCAAGUCUGACCUGGUUGAAAGACGGGAGCCCUGUGUCUAGUUUCACUAAUGGAAUACAGGUUCUCUCUGGGGGUCGCAUCCUUGCAUUGACCAGCGCUCAAAUCAGUGAUACGGGGAGAUACACGUGCGUGGCAGUGAAUGCUGCUGGGGAGAAACAAAGGGACAUUGACCUCAGAGUGUACGUUCCACCGAAUAUUAUGGGAGAAGAACAGAAUGUAUCUGUCCUCAUUAGCCACGCUGUGGAGUUACUGUGUCAAAGCGAUGCUGUACCACCCCCUACUCUGACUUGGUUAAAAGAUGGCCGCCCCUUGCUGAAGAAACCAGGUCUCAGCAUCUCUGGAAAUGGAAGCAUGUUAAAGAUUGAAGAUGCUCAAGUUCAAGACACCGGUCGGUACACAUGUGAAGCAACAAAUGUUGCUGGAAAAACAGAGAAAAAUUAUAAUGUCAAUAUUUGGGUACCCCCAAAUAUUUAUGGUUCUGAUGAAUUUGCUCAACUUACAGUCAUAGAAGGGAAUCUCAUCAGUCUAUUGUGUGAAUCAAGUGGUAUUCCACCCCCAAACCUCAUUUGGAAAAAGAAAGGCUCUCCAGUGCUGGUUGAUUCUGCAGGGCGAGUUAGAAUUUUAUCUGGAGGCAGACAGUUACAAAUUUCAAUUGCUGAAAAAUCGGAUGCCGGACUCUAUACAUGUGUAGCAUCAAACGUGGCUGGAACUGCAAAGAAAGACUAUAAUCUGCACGUUUACAUUCGACCAACAAUAACCAACAAUGGCAGCCACUCCACUGAAAUUAUUGUGACUCGAGGAAAGAGUAUCUCUUUGGAGUGUGAGGUGCAGGGUGUUCCUCACCCCACAGUGACCUGGAUGAAAGAUGGCCGCCCUUUGACCAAGGGAAGAGGAGUGGAAGUACUGGAUGAAGGUCGUACCCUUCAGCUGAGGAACGUUCACGUAUCUGACACAGGUCGCUAUGUGUGUGUUGCUGUGAAUGUAGCAGGAGACAAAAAAUAUGACCUAAGUGUACAUGCCCCUCCAAGCAUUAUAGGAAACCAUGGGACACCAGAAAAUAUCAGUGUGGUGGAAAAGAACUCCGUGUCUUUAGCUUGUGAAGCUUCUGGAAUUCCCCUGCCUUCAAUAACCUGGCUUAAAGAUGGGUGGCCCAUCAGCCUUAGCAAUUCUGUGAGAAUUCUCUCAGGAGGCAGGAUGCUGCGGUUGCUGCAGACCAGAGUGGAGGAUGCUGGCUGGUACACCUGCAUCGUGAGGAAUGAAGCUGGUGAAGAAAGAAAAAUCUUCCGCCUUUCAGUAUUAGUACCACCUCGGAUUGUGGGUGAAAACACAUUGGAAGACGUGAAGGUAAAAGAGAAGCAGAGUGUUACUUUGGCUUGUGAGGUGACAGGAAAUCCAGUGCCAGAAAUCACGUGGCACAAAGAUGGGCAGCUCCUCCAAGAAGAUGAAGCCCAUCACAUUACAUCUGGCGGCCGUUUUCUUCAGAUCACCAAUGCCCAGGUGUCACACACUGGAAGAUAUACAUGUCUAGCUUCUAAUAUAGCUGGUGACAAGAGCAAAAGUUUCAGUCUUAAUGUGUAUGUAUCUCCCACAAUUGCUGGUGUCGAUAGCGAUGGCAGCCCUGAAGAUGUCACUGUUACCCUUAACAGCCCCACGUCUUUGGUCUGUGAAGCUUACUCGUAUCCUCCAGCUACGAUCACCUGGUUUAAGGAUGGCGCUCCUUUAGAAUCGAAUAGAAAUAUUCGUAUUCUUCCAGGAGGCAGGACUCUGCAGAUCCUCAAUGCUCAGGAGGACAACGCUGGCCGAUACGCCUGUGUAGCCACCAAUGAGGCUGGGGAGAUGAUAAAGCACUAUGAAGUGAAGGUCUACAUUCCACCCAUAAUCAGUAAAGGGGACCUUCUGGGGCCAGGUCUUUCUCCUAAAGAAGUGAAGAUUAAAGUGAACCACACCCUGACCUUGGAAUGCGAAGCUUAUGCCAUUCCUUCUGCCUCCCUCAGCUGGUACAAGGAUGGACAGCCCCUUAAAUCAGACGAUCAUGUUAAUAUUGCUGCGAAUGGACGCACACUCCAGAUAAAGGAGACUCAGAUAUCAGACACGGGACGAUACACUUGUGUGGCAUCUAACCUUGUCGGUGAAGAUGAGUUGGAUUUUGACGUGAAUAUACAAGUUCCUCCAAGUUUUCAGAAACUCUGGGAAAUAGGAAACAUGCUGGAUACUGGCAGGAGUGGUGAAGCCAAAGAUGUGGUCAUCAACAAUCCCAUUUCUCUGCUCUGUGAGACAAAUGCUGCCCCGCCUCCUACCCUGACAUGGUACAAAGAUGGCCGUCCUCUCACCUCCAGUGACAGAGUGUUGAUUUUACCAGGAGGGCGAGUAUUGCAGAUUCCUCGGGCUAAAGUAGAAGAUGCUGGAAGGUACACGUGUGUGGCUGUGAAUGAGGCUGGAGAAGAUUCCCUUCAGUAUGACGUCCGUGUACUCGUGCCACCAGUUAUCAAGGGAGCAAAUGGUGAUCUCCCUGAAGAGGUCACAGCGCUGGUGACUCAGAGCACACAGAUGGAGUGUGUGUCCAGCGGCAGCCCAGCGCCAAGGAAUUCCUGGCAGAAGGAUGGGCAGGUCCUGCUAGAAGAUGACCACCACAGAUUUCUAUCUAAUGGAAGAAUUCUACAGAUUCUGAAUGUUCAAAUAACAGAUAUCGGCAGGUAUGCAUGUAUUGCUGAGAACACUGCCGGAAGUGCCAAAAAAUAUUUUAACCUCAAUGUUCACGUUCCUCCGAGUAUCAUUGGUCCUAACCCUGAAAAUCUUACUGUUGUGGUGAACAAUUUCAUCUCGUUGACCUGUGAGGUCUCUGGUUUCCCACCUCCUGAUCUUAGUUGGCUCAAGAAUGAACAACCCAUCAAGCUAAACACAAAUGCUCUCAUUGUGCCCGGUGGUCGAACGCUACAGAUUAUCCGGGCCAAGGUAUCUGACGGUGGUGAAUACACGUGUAUAGCUAUCAACCAAGCUGGUGAAAGCAAGAAAAAAGUUUCCCUGACUGUUUAUGUGCCCCCGAGCAUUAAAGACCAUGGCGGGGAAUCUCUUGCUGUAGUUAAUGUAAGAGAGGGAUCGUCUGUGUCGUUGGAGUGCGAGUCGAACGCCGUCCCACCGCCAGUCAUCACUUGGUAUAAGAAUGGGCGGACGAUAACAGGAUCUUCUCACGUGGACAUCUUAGCUGAUGGUCAGAUGCUGCACAUCAAGAAGGCCGAGGUAUCUGACACAGGCCAGUAUGUAUGUAGAGCUAUAAAUGUAGCAGGACGGGAUGAUAAAAAUUUCCACCUCAAUGUAUAUGUGCCACCCAGUAUCGAAGGGCCCGAACAAGAAGCGAUUGUGGAGACAAUCAGCAAUCCUGUGACUUUCGCUUGUGAUACCACGGGCAUCCCACCUCCCACCAUAACGUGGGUGAAGAACCACAAGCCAAUAGAAAAUUCUGACUCACUUGAAGUUCAUAUUUUGUCUGGAGGAAGCAAACUCCAAAUUGCCCGGUCUCAGCGUUCUGAUAGUGGCAACUACACAUGCAUUGCAUCAAAUAUGGAGGGAAAAGCACAGAAGAGCUACAUUCUCUCAAUUCAAGUGCCUCCGAGUGUUGCUGGUGCUGAAAUUCCAAGUGAAGUCAGUGUCCUUCUAGGGGAAAACGUUGAGCUGGUCUGCAAUGCUAAUGGCUUUCCCACACCACUUAUUCAAUGGCUUAAAGAUGGAAAGCCCAUAUCCAGUGGUAAAACAGAAAGAAUCCGGGUGACAGCAAAUGGAAGCACGUUGAACAUUCAUGGAGCCCUCGCAUCUGACAUGGGGAAAUACACAUGUGUAGCUACAAAUCCUGCUGGAGAGGAGGACCGCAUUUUUAACUUGAAUGUCUACGUUCCACCUACAAUUAGGGGUAAAAAAGAAGAAACUGAGAAACUGAUGACGUUGGUGGAUACUUCAAUAAAUAUUGAAUGCAGAGCCACAGGGACGCCUCCACCACAGAUAAACUGGCUGAAGAAUGGACUUCCUCUGCCGCUCUCUCCCCAUACCCGGUUGCUGUCUGCAGGGCAGGUUAUCAGGGUCGUGAGAGCUCAGGUGUCGGACGUGGCUGUGUACACGUGUGUGGCCUCCAACAGAGCCGGGGUGGACAGCAAGCAUUACAGCCUGCAAGUGCUUGUACCCCCAAAUAUGGACAAUGCAAUGGGGACAGAGGAAAUUGCGGUUGUCAAAGGCAGCCCCACUUCUAUGACGUGCAUGACAGAUGGAACCCCAACUCCCAGGGUGUCCUGGCUUAGAGAUGGCCAGCCUUUGAGACUUGAUGCCCAUCUGACAGUCGGCACUCAGGGAAUGGUCCUUCGGCUCACCAAAGCAGAAACUGAAGAUUCCGGAAGUUACACCUGCAUCGCCUCAAAUGAAGCAGGAGAAGUCAGCAAGCACUUUAUCCUGAAGGUCUUAGAACCACCUCACAUUAAUGGAUCAGAGGAAUCUGGAGAGAUCUCUGUAAUUGUUAAUAAUCUGCUUGAACUUACCUGCAUUGCUUCUGGAAUCCCAGCCCCUAAAAUUACCUGGAUGAAAGAUGGCCGGCCUCUUCCGCAGAGAGACCAGAUACAAACUCUAGGAGGAGGAGAAGUUCUUCGAAUAGCUAGUGCUCAGGUGGAAGAUACAGGAAGAUAUACAUGUCUGGCAUCCAGUCCUGCAGGAGAUGAUGAUAAAGAAUAUUUAGUGAGAGUUCAUGUACCCCCUAAUAUUGCUGGAACCGAUGAACCCCAGGAUUUCACUGUGUUACGGAACAGACAAGUGACCUUGGAAUGCAGAUCAGACGCAGUGCCGCCACCUGUAAUUACUUGGCUCAAAAACGGAGAACGAUUACAGGCAACACCUCGAGUGCGGAUACUAUCUGGAGGGAGAUACUUGCAGAUCAACAAUGCAGAGCUGAGUGAUACCGCCAAUUAUACUUGUGUUGCCAGCAAUAUUGCAGGAAAGACUACAAGAGAAUUUAUUCUCACUGUAAAUGUUCCUCCAAGCAUAAAAGGUGGCCCUCAGAGCCUUGUCAUCCUUUUAAGUAAGCCGGCUGUACUGGGGUGUGCUGCUGAGGGAGUGCCCACCCCAAGGAUAACUUGGAGAAAGGAUGGAGCUGUCCUAGCUGGGAAUCAUGCAAGGUACACCAUCUUGGAAAAUGGAUUCCUUCAUAUCCAAGCAGCCCAAGUCACUGACAGUGGGCGGUAUUUGUGUAUGGCUGCCAACGCUGCUGGAACAGACCGCAGGCGGGUGGAUCUCCAGGUCCACGUUCCGCCUUCAAUCGCUCCGGGUCCAACCAAUGUAACUGUAACAAUUAAUGUUCAAACCACUCUGGCUUGUGAGGCUACUGGGAUACCAAAACCAUCGAUUAACUGGAGGAAGAAUGGACAUCCUCUUAAUGUGGAUCAGAAUCAGAAUUCAUACAGGCUCCUUUCUUCAGGCUCCCUGGUCAUUAUUUCCCCUUCUGUGGAUGACACUGCAACCUAUGAGUGCACUGUGACAAACGAUGCUGGAGAGGAUAAGAGAACCGUGGCGCUCACUGUCCAAGUUCCACCUUCCAUAGCCGAUGAGGCUACUGACUUUUUGGUAACCAAACAAGCCCCCACAGUAAUUACCUGCACUGCUUCAGGAGUUCCAUUUCCCUCCAUCCACUGGACCAAAAAUGGCAUCAGACUGCUUCCCCGGGGAGAUGGCUAUCGAAUUCUGUCCUCGGGCACAAUUGAAAUAUUUGCCACCCAGUUAAACCAUGCUGGGAGAUACACUUGUGUGGCUAGGAACGCAGCUGGUUCUGCACAUCGACAUGUGAACCUUCACGUUCAAGAGCCUCCAGCCAUUCAGCCCCAGCCCAGUGAACUAGACGUCAUUCUGAACAAUCCUGUCCUCUUACCAUGUGACGCAACGGGGACCCCCAGUCCUUUCAUCACUUGGCAGAAAGAAGGCAUCAAUGUCAUGACUUCAGGCAAAAGUCACGCAGUUCUUCCCAGUGGUGGUCUGCAGAUCUCCAGAGCUGAACGAGAGGAUGCUGGUUCCUACAUGUGUGUGGCUCAGAACCCUGCCGGCACAGCCUUGGGCAAAAUCAAGUUAAAUGUGCAAGUUCCUCCAGUCGUUAGCCCUCACCCCAAGGAGCACGUCGUAGCUGUGGACAAGCCCAUCACGCUGCCGUGUGAAGCCGAUGGUCUCCCUCCCCCUGACAUUACCUGGCAUAAAGACGGACGUGCCAUCGUGGAAUCAGUCCGCCAGCGCGUGCUCAGCUCCGGCGCCCUGCAGAUCGCGUUCGCUCAGCCCCAGGACGUGGGUCGGUACACGUGCACCGCCGCCAACGCCGCAGGCUCCAGCAGCCAGAGCACCACGCUCACUGUCCACGUACCACCCAGGAUCCAAAGCACAGAUGUACACUACACGGUCGAUGAAAAUUCACAAGCCAUUCUUCCAUGCGUGGCUGAUGGAAUACCCCCUCCAGCAAUUACCUGGAAAAAAGACAAUGUUCUUCUGGCUAACUUAUUAGGGAAAUACACAGCUGAGCCGUAUGGAGAACUCAUUCUGGAAAAUGUUGUGCCAGAGGAUUCAGGCAUCUAUACCUGUGUGGCUACAAAUGCUGCAGGUGAAGAUACACACGCUGUCCGACUGACUGUCCACGUCCUCCCCACUUUCAUGGAACUUCCUGGAGAUGUGUCAUUAAACACAGGAGAGCAGCUACGAUUGAGCUGCAGAGCAACUGGUAUUCCAUUGCCCAAAUUAACAUGGACCUUCAAUAACAAUAUUAUCCCAGCUCACUUUGAUGGUGUCAAUGGACACAGUGAACUUGUUAUUGAAAGAGUUUCAAAAGAGGAUUCGGGUACUUACGUGUGCACUGCAGAGAACAGUGUUGGUUUUGUGAAGGCAAUUGGAUUUGUUUAUGUGAAAGAACCUCCGGUCUUCAAAGGUGAUUAUCCUUCUAACUGGAUCGAACCACUUGGAGGUAAUGCAAUCCUGGAUUGUGAGGUGAAAGGAGACCCUGCCCCAACCAUCCAGUGGAGCAGAAAGGGGGUGGAUAUUGAAAUCAGCCACAGGAUCCAGCAGCUGGGCAACGGCUCCCUGGCCAUCUAUGGCACCGUAAAUGAAGAUGCCGGUGACUACACGUGCGUCGCUACCAACGAAGCUGGCGUGGUGGAGCGCAGCAUGAGUCUGACCCUGCAAAGUCCUCCUAUUAUCACUCUUGAACCCGUGGAAACUGUCACCCAUGCUGGUAGCAAAGUCACAUUGAAUUGUCAGGCAACUGGAGAACCGCGUCCGACCAUUGCCUGGUCCCGUCAAGGGCACUCCAUCCCCUGGGAUGAGCGAGUCCGAGUGCUGCCCAACAACUCACUGUAUAUUGCUGCCGCUCAGAAAGAAGACACCUCUGAUUACGAAUGUGUUGCUCGGAACUUGAUGGGUUCUGUCCUUGUCAGAGUGCCGCUCAUAGUCCAGGUUCACGGUGGAUUUUCUCAGUGGUCAGCAUGGAGGUCCUGCAGUGUCACCUGUGGAAGAGGGAUCCAGAAGAGGAGUCGUCUAUGCAAUAGUCCCCUGCCGGCCAAUGGUGGGAGGUCUUGCCAAGGGUCAGAUUCAGAGAUGAGAAACUGUCAGAACAAGCUGUGUCCAGUGGAUGGGAGCUGGUCAGAAUGGAGUCCUUGGGAAGAAUGUACAAGGAGCUGUGGACGUGGCAACCGAACCAGGACCAGAACUUGCAGUAAUCCACUAGCUCAGCAUGGUGGGCGGCCAUGCGAUGGGAAUGCUGUGGAAGUAAUCAUGUGCAAUAUUAGGCCUUGCCCAGUUCAUGGAGCGUGGAGUGCUUGGCAGGCGUGGGGUGCCUGCAGCAAAAGUUGUGGGAAAGGAACUCAGAUGAGAACAAGGCUUUGCAAUAACCCACCACCCUCUUUUGAUGGAUCCUACUGUGAUGGGGUAGAAACACAAAUGCAAGUUUGCAAUGAAAGACACUGUCCAGUUGAUGGCAAGUGGGCAGCCUGGGCCAGCUGGAGUGCCUGUUCUGUGUCCUGUGGAGGAGGUGCCAGGCAGAGAACAAGGGACUGCUCUGACCCUGUCCCCCAGUAUGGAGGAAGCAAAUGUGAAGGGAGUGAUGUCCAGAGUGAUUUUUGCAACAGUGACCCUUGUCCAACCCACGGUCACUGGAGUCCCUGGAGCGGCUGGGGAACGUGCAGCCGGUCGUGCCACGGAGGGCAGAUGCGGCGGCACCGCACGUGCGAUAACCCCCGUCCCUCCAAUGGAGGAAGAGCCUGCGCGGGGCCGGACUCCCAGAUCCAGAGGUGUAACACGGACCCGUGUCCUGUGGACGGAAGUUGGGGUAACUGGCACAGUUGGAGCCCGUGUUCUGCUUCUUGUGGAGGAGGUGAAAAGACUCGGAGGCGGCUGUGCGACAGUCCAGAACCAUCUAAAAGUGGCCGCCUCUGCCCAGGAGAUGCUACUCAGGUAUCCAGAUGCAACGUCCAAGCAUGCCCAGGUGGGCCCCAGCGAGCCAGAGGAAGUGUUAUUGGAAAUAUUAACGAUGUUGAAUUUGGAAUUGCUUUUCUCAAUGCCACAGUUACAGAUAGCUCUAACUCUGAUACUAAAAUAAUACAUGCCAGAAUUACCAAUGUACCUCGCCGUCUUGGUCCAGCAAUGAGAAAAAUAGUUUCGAUUCUGAAUCCCAUUUAUUGGACAACAGCAAAGGAAAUAGGAGAAGCAGUCAAUGGCUUUACCCUCACCAAUGCAGUUUUCAAAAGAGAAACCCAAGUGGAAUUCGCAACUGGAGAAAUCUUGCGGAUGACUCACAUUGCCCGAGGUUUGGAUUCUGAUGGUGCCUUGCUGUUGGACAUCGUUGUGAGUGGCUAUGUCCUGCAGCUGCCGUCACCUGCUGAAGUCACUGUAAAGGAUUACACAGAGGACUACAUUCAGACAGGGCCAGGGCAGCUGUACGCCUAUUCCACCCGGCUGUUCACCAUGGAUGGCAUCAGUGUGCCGUACACGUGGAAUCACACCAUUGUCUAUGACCAGGCACGGGGACGAAUGCCAUUCUUGGUAGAAACACUUCAUGCAUCUUCUGUGGAAUCUGACUAUAACCAAUUAGAAGAGACUUUGGGUUUUAAAAUCCAUGCUUCCAUUUCCAAAGGAGAGCGAAGUAAUCAGUGCCCUUCUGGGUUCGCCUUAGACUCAAUUGGACCUUUUUGUGCUGAUGAAGAUGAAUGUUCCUCGGGGAAUCCCUGCUCCCACACCUGCCAUAAUGCCAUGGGAACCUAUUACUGCUCCUGCCCGAAAGGCCUCACCAUUGCUGCGGAUGGAAGGACUUGUCAAGAUAUUGAUGAAUGUGCCCUGGAGGGACACACAUGCCAUGCUGCUCAGGACUGCGACAACACUAUCGGGUCCUAUCGCUGUGUGGUCCGAUGUGCAGGUGGCUUUCGAAGAACUUCUGAUGGGCUGAGUUGUCAAGAUAUUAAUGAAUGUCAAGAGUCCAGCCCCUGUCAUCAACGCUGUUUCAAUGUGAUAGGAAGUUUCCACUGUGGCUGUGAACCUGGGUAUCAGCUCAAAGGCAGAAAAUGUAUGGAUGUAAACGAGUGCAGACAGAAUGUCUGCAGACCAGACCAACACUGUAAGAACACCCGUGGUGGCUACAAGUGCAUUGACCUAUGUCCAAAUGGAAUGACCAAGGCAGAAAAUGGAACCUGCAUUGAUAUUGAUGAAUGUAAAGAUGGGACCCAUCAGUGCAGAUAUAACCAGAUAUGUGAAAAUACAAGAGGCAGCCAUCGCUGUGUGUGCCCAAGAGGUUAUAGAUCUCAAGGAGUUGGAAGACCCUGUAUGGACAUUAAUGAAUGCGAGCAAGUGCCUAAACCUUGUGCACAUCAGUGCUCCAACACCCCCGGCAGCUUCAAGUGUCUCUGUCCCCCAGGACAACAUUUACUAGGGGACGGGAAAUCUUGCGCUGGACUGGAAAGGCUGCCAAAUUAUGGCUCUCAAUCCAGUAGCUAUAACCUGGCACGGUUCUCCCCUGUGAGAAACAACUAUCAACCUCAACAGCACUACAGACAGUACUCACAUCUCUACAGCUCCUACUCAGAGUAUAGAAACAGCAGAACUUCUCUCUCCAGGACUAGACGGACUAUUAGGAAAACUUGCCCUGAAGGCUUUGAGGCAAGCCUUGACACAUGUGUAGAUAUUGAUGAGUGUGAAAGUAGAGACACCUGCCAGCAUGAGUGUAAAAACACCUUUGGAAGCUUUCAGUGUGUCUGCCCACCUGGGUAUCAGCUCAUGCUCAAUGGAAAAACAUGCCAAGAUGUCGAUGAGUGUCUGGAACAGAACGUGCACUGUGGGCCGAAUCGCAUGUGCUUCAACAUGAGAGGGAGCUACCGGUGCAUCGAUACGCCCUGCCCACCCAACUACCAGCGGGAUCCUGUUUCAGGGUUCUGCCUCAAGAACUGUCCACCCAAUGAUCUGGAAUGUGCCUUGAGUCCAUAUGCCUUGGAAUAUAAACUUGUCUCCCUCCCAUUUGGAAUAGCUGCCAAUCAAGAUUUAAUCCGGCUGGUUGCAUACACGCAGGAUGGAGUGAUGCAUCCCAGGACAACUUUCCUCAUGGUAGAUGAGGAGCAGACUGUUCCUUUCGCCUUAAGGGAUGAAAACUUGAAAGGAGUAGUGUACACAACACGACCACUGCGAGAACCAGAGACCUACCGCAUGAAGGUUCGAGCCUUAUCCUACAGCGCCAAUGGGACCAUUGAAUAUCAGACGACAUUCAUAGUUUAUAUAGCAGUGUCUGCCUAUCCAUACUAAGAAGCUCUCCAAAGCCUCCUCCACAUACUCAAACUGCAUUACUCAUGAACAUCGAGUCCCCUCUCAGAUUACUGUCUCUUGAACAGUUGCAAUCUUAGCAACUUGAAAAUGGUGCUAUACUUGGUGUGCUUUCCUUGGUACUGCUGACGUAUUUCCGUAGUCCCACCAUGGUGUCAUAUCUUUUAGUGAGGUCUGGAAGAAUCCCUUAUUAUUUUCAUUAUUUAUUACACUGGAGCAGUUACUUCCCAAAGAUUUUUCUGAACACCCAGCAGGACACAUCAGUGACCUUUUAUGGUAGCAUAGAAGCUGAGAUCAUUUCUCUCUUAAAACAUUUCAUUCAAAGUCAAGUCGAUGUUUGAGCUUUUAACUUUUUUUAAAACGAAAAAACUAGUCACUAGGUGUUUUGAUCGAAGCUUAUGAAAUAACUUACGAAGAUUUUUUUAAAUUGAUGCUUUAUCAUAGGUCACGUACACCUAUUCCUAUCUGAAGGGGAAAAAAAAGACAUGUCACUCAUUUUAGAAAUAUAGUACAGCUACUAAAUGGCUUUUUUUGAUCCCACAGGGCACUUACCUUCAUUGAACAUCCAGAACAUUAUUUUCAGUGAUUUUUGUGAAAUUGGCUGAGCUGCUUAUGAUAAUAGAAAAAAAUAUAACACGUUAUCCUCUGCACAUUGUUCAUGGUUUGGAUCUUUGCUAACAUUUCAAUAUAAAUGUACUUCAUUAAGCUCCAUAACUUUUACAUUCCAGAAUUUUUAAAUUUUCUAUCAAUGAGGACAAUUUUUUAAAUACCAAUGGGACAAAUUUCUUUUUUUUAAAUCUCCUAUGCUCAAAUUAACAUAAAUGUUUAACGUCAAUACACUGUACAUGGUGGUAACAGACUCUGUAAGCAAUUGCCAAGAUGUAUUCUAUUUUUUAUGAAGUGUAUAUAUAUUACCUUAGUGUGUAUUUUCUAUAUAAUAUCUUGAUGGAUUCUUUGAUAAAAUUAUUUUAUAAAGAAACAAUGUUACAGUAAAAUCAAUCUAAAUAAAAC